UAAAGUAAGGGUCGGGAUUGCUAUAAGACUUAAGCUACGCCGGGGAAGUGACUUAUUACAUGCGUUUCUUUCGCCGAUUAGUGACUACUAUCGGUGCUGUUAGUUUAAUUCAUAAUCGCACUUAUCUAAUAUCUAGUAGUAGUAGUAGUAGAAACAGUAGCAGUAGUGGUGGUAGUAAUAGAUCGAGAGUGCUGUGCUGCAGGAUCGGCAAGGAUAACAAAAGAAACGCGCUCGAAACAGUUCGAAUGUUAUUAUGGGAUGAAUUAAACAAUUACUAUUUUCAAACAAUUGCACUAGUAACAAAAUCAAAGACAAAAGGCUUUUGUUUGACCUUUGUUCUAUAAAAAGGAAAGUAAUUGUAGUAAAAACAAUUACACUUAUUAGCAUAUUUAAAAAGGAAAAAUGUUCUCUGGGAAAGCACGGUUGCCAACAUAAAAAAUCGGUAUAUUCGCUCUACGAAACUAACAGAACAAUUACUUUAAUAUCUAAUAAAUAAUUAAUUGAGAUUGACUCAUUCUGUCGUGAGUGAAUUUUAAAACAAAAGUAGAAUAAUAAUAUAAUGGAAAUCAUAGAAUCCCGUCCAUUUCCUGACGAUGUCACGUCGAACGAUGACGAAACAAGCAGCGCUAACACUGAAGAUGCACUGAUUAGCGCUCGAAACAGUAGCGAAACAAUUAAUUCUACCACCAACAGAAACAACAUUGGCUGUUGUGUAACUGAUGAAAAGAAGAUCACUUUUUGUGGUACAAAACGAUACUUAAUAUCUGGGAUAAUACUCAUUAUAAUAGGAAUUGUGUCAUUAAUUUGGACACCGUUUGAAGUUUUAAUGAACGAAAGGUUGAAAAUGAUGCCUGGUUUUCCCCCGUACGAGUGGUGGAAAAAUCCCCCAGACGAAGUACUUUUACGGGUUUAUAUUUUUAACGUAACAAAUUCCGAAGAGUUCCUAAGCGGUACAGAUGUUAAAUUAAAGUUACAGGAAGUAGGACCGAUAAUUUAUAGAGAAAAACUAACUCAUAGUAAUAUAAGCUUCAAUGAAAAUGGCACCUUGUCUUACGUCGCAACAAGGACUGCGAUAUUUUUGCCAGAAAUGAACACCAUAAACUUAAACGAAACACUAAUCAUGCCAAAUUUAGCACUAUUAGGAAUGGCUUCGUACCUUUAUGAUGCUUCCCUAUUUACCAAAGUUGCCUUUAAUUUAAUGGUGAGGUCACUGAAUAGCCAGGCGUUGGUUAAAACCACCAUAAGUGAUUAUUUGUGGAAUUUUACUGACCCGCUCUUGGAUGCCGCCCAAAGAAUCCUACCCUCCCUGGUUCCAGUCAAAAACAUGGGCAUUUUACACAGAAUCUACAGCAACUUCGAAGAUUUAGUGACAGUUUUUGUGGGCGCCGAACAUGGGCACGAGAGGUUUUUCAUGAUUGACAAAUACCACGGCUCCCAAUUCGUCCCAUUCUACGAUAAUCACUGCCAAGACCUAAUUGUAAACUCUACUGAAGGUGUGGCAUAUGCCCAAUUCCUAACGAAAAACUCCACACUACUGUAUUGGAGAAAAACCCUUUGCAAAGUAACACCUCUCUAUUACGAAAGUGAAUCAAUAAAAUUCGGAUUAAACGCGUAUAAAUUCGAAUUGCCGAACAAUACAUUUGAUAGAAAAUAUCCAGCUUACUCUGAUUGUUACUUAGGAGAUCCUCCUUUACCCAGUGGUUUGUCAGAUGUUUCAAAAUGUUACUACGAUUUUCCAAUGGCUGCCAGUUUUCCACAUUUCCUUUACGGGGAUGAUAUCCUGCAAACAUACGUCGACGGAUUGUCACCUAACUACGAGAAGCAUCACUCUUUUGUUUAUGUUGAGCCGACAACAGGCAUCCCAAUGGAAUCGAGAGCCAGAUCUCAAAGCAAUCUCAUAAUGAGGGAAUUUACAGGGUUUAAUAGUGCCGUCCAGAGAUUUAGCAACGUUGUGGUGCCCAUGUUCUGGGCGGAAUACAAUCAAGUUGGACUACCGUGGUACAUCUACUGUUUGAUGUAUUUCACAGUUGUCGUCUUACCGACUCUCCAAAAGAUUAUAAGUGGCUGUUGUUUUCUAACUGGAACGUUAUUCGUCGCCUUGGGUGUCAAACGAAUCAAAUCUAGGAGAAGUUACGUUCGUUACAAUAAAUCCUUGCAAUUCGAAAAAGGAAAUUAUUUUUCGGAAAAAUUGUAGUCAUUUUUUAGUUCGAUUAAAACCAAAGCUUUUAUACAAUUUAGAUGAAUUUUGCUCAACAACCAUAGGCUAGUGAUACGCCUAAUCGCUAAUA